AUGGUUUUGAAACAUUAUCCUAUUUCGAUGGAGUCUUCAGCGUUACAGGGUACAGAGAAUGUUUGCGUAGAGGUUCAGCGUUGUGAGGAAGCGUGUAUGACAUAUGAGCCCACGUCCUUGGAAGUGUCUGUGAAGAUUGAGCCGCUGGAUGAUGUGUAUGUAAAGGACGAGUCCAAACGCGAAUGUGUAUACAUACAAGCUGAGCCAUCGCACUCAGAUGUGAGUGUAAAAGACGAGUCGGCCGGCGUGAGCGCGGCGGCGGGGCUGUACACAGACCACGCGGUGAAAGAUGAGCUCGUGCUCGGCCCCGUGCUAGUGGAGCGGCGCGCGCGCCACGCACCAACAGCCCUUAUUAAGGAGGAAGCCGGAUUUAUGUAUGAGGAGGCGCGUGUGAAGGAGGAGUGUGAGGACAGCACAGACGGGUGCGGCGUGAGCGACGCAGCCAUGCUGGCCGGCCUGUACGACGAGCAUGUGGUCAAGGACGAGCUCGUGCUGGGGCCGGAGCGCCCGCACCGCCCCACAGGCGCCCCGGUGGUGAGAGUGCCCACUCUUGUCUCCUCUGUGGUGGUGUCGGGUCGGCGCCGCUCGUGCUCGGUCAGGCUGGAGCGCCUGCUGGUGGACGCGGAGCGGCGCACCUGCCGGGUCGGGCGCCGCACAUACAAGCUGCACGCCACCGAGCCCGCACCCACACCCCAUGUCACCACCGCCAUCUCUCAAUGUCACCAUUGCGGCAAACGGUUCAGGAGCAAGUCGGUUUUGAAGAAGCACGUACACACUCACUUGCCUUUACAUAAUUCAACCGUAGGGGAUUAUGGUUUAGAACGACAUCAAAUGCUACACGGUGACAAAAAACUGUAUGAAAAGGCUUACAUGAUUAUACACACAGGCGAAAAGCCUUUCAGGUGUACGUACUGUGGCUACGAGAGUAGUAGAAAAUCUAAUUUACGGACUCACUUGACGACUCAUACAGACGAUAAGCCUUUCAGGUGUAUACACUGUGACCACAAGUCUAGAACAAAGGCACACUUACGGACACACCUGAUGACUCACACAGACGAGAAGCCUUUCAGUUGUAGUCACUGUAGCUACAAGUGUAAAAGAAAAAGAGACUUACAGACUCACCUGAUUACUCACACAGACGAGAAGCCAUUCAGUUGUAGUCACUGUAGCUACAAGUGUAGAAGUAAAGGAGAGUUACAGAGUCACCUGAUGACUCACACAGACGAGAAGCCUUUCAGUUGUAGUCACUGUGGCUACAAGUGUAGAAGUAAAGCACAGUUACGGAAACACUUGAUGACUCACACAGACGAGAAGCCUUUCAGUUGUAGUCACUGUAGCUACAAGUGUAAAAGAAAAAGAAACUUACAGACUCACCUGAUUACUCACACAGACGAGAAGCCUUUCAGUUGUAGUCACUGUAGCUACAAGUGUAGAAGUAAAGUAGGUCUACAGAGACACCUGAUUACUCACACAGACGAGAAGCCUUUCAGUUGUAGUCACUGUAGCUACAAGUGUAAAAGAAAAAGAAACUUACAGACUCACCUGAUUACUCACACAGACGAGAAGCCUUUCAGUUGUAGUCACUGUAGCUACAAGUGUAGAAGAAAAGGAGGGUUACAGAAACACCUGAUGACUCACACAGACGAGAAGCCCUUCAGUUGUAGUCACUGCAGCUACAAGUGUAGAAGUAAAGUAGGUCUACAGAGACACCUGAUUACUCACACAAACGAGAAGUCUUUCAGUUGUAGUCACUGUGGAUACAAGUGUAAAAGAAAAAGAGAGUUACAGCGUCACCUGAUGACUCACACAGACGAGAAGCCUUUCAGUUGUAGUCACUGUAGCUACAAGUGUAGAAGAAAAGGAGAGUUACAGAAACACCUGAUGACCCACACAGACGAGAAGCCCUUCAGUUGUAGUCACUGUAGCUACAAGUGUAGAAGUAAAGCAGAUCUACAGAGACACCUGAUGACUCACACAGACGAGAAGCCUUUCAGUUGUAGUCACUGUGGUUACAAGUGUAAAAGAAAAAGAGAGUUACAGCGUCACCUGAUGACUCACACAGACGAGAAGCCUUUCAGUUGUAGUCACUGUAGCUACAAGUGUAGAAGAAAAGGAGAUUUACAGAAACACCUGAUGACUCACACAGACGAGAAGCCUUUCAGUUGUAGUCACUGUAGCUACAAGUGUAGAAGAAAAGGAGAGUUACAGAAACACCUGAUGACUCACACAGACGAGAAGCCUUUCAGUUGUAGUCACUGUAGCUACAAGUGUAGAAGAAAAGGAGAGUUACAGAAACACCUGAUGACUCACACAGACGAGAAGCCUUUUAGUUGUAGUCACUGUAGCUACAAGUGUAGAAGAAAAGGAGGGUUACAGAGUCACCUGAUGACUCACACAGACCAUAAACCUUUCAGCUGUACUCACUGUGCCUACAAGUGUAAAAGAAAAGCACAAUUACGGGUUCACCUGAUGACUCACUGUUAGAAAAAAAAUCCGAUUCUUGUCUAUGCUCCUUCCUUAUAAAAAGCUGGGUGACCAUAGAUUCUUUCUUUUUCAUAUCAAUCCCGCCUUUAGGGCC